AUGUCGUAUCGACAUAAGCGAACACAAGAGAUUCUCAAGAUUCACCAAGCCAUAGAGGAUGGCGAAGACAUUGAAUUUGUCUAUGAAGAUUUCCUCUCCGGCAGUGAUUACCUGGAUUUAGUCGAGCAGCUAGAUAUCUCUGGUGAUGACACUGUCGCCAUAUAUUCAUUUGACGGUGCCCAACUGUAUCGGAACAAAGGGUCAGACACAUGGAUUUGCAGUGUGCAUUAUUUGCGAAUAUAG